CUAUAUCGGUCAUUCGAAAAUAGAUUAUAUAGUAUGAUUCCAACAUCUCCGAGAUAAACCUACUCAACUGAAUCAACGCUUUGGGUCUAUACAGUCUAAACAAUUUUUGAUUACGAUGAAAGGUAUUGAAAUUCUUUUAGCAGACGUAUUUAUUUUUGUUUACCAUUGCGUAACAUAAGCGUAGUGUAAACUGAAAUGGCGGCGGUGUCGAAUGCAUUACGUUAUAAUUGCUGCGUCAUUCGCUUUAAUUCUGACCGAGAAUUCGGUGUUUGAAUUCAUUAGAAUACUUGAAUAUGGAAAACUCAAACAGUAAUUCAGUAUCAACAUCUAGUGGGGUUGGAAGCCCUACUGGUGGUGGAACAGAAGGUGUUGAUGAAGCUCAAGAUGAAGAACCAUCUUCUUUGCACAGAUUUGCUCAAGUUGAAUCAGAGUUGGAAAAUUUUCGCAAACAGUGGAAGAGAGAGAUUGAAUUAUCACCUAAUAAUGACAAGUUUAACUCCACUUUUAACAAGAAAGCUACUGAUGCAGAAGAAAUCGAAGAGAAGGCAAAAUGUUUGUUUCUUCAUGGCAUUCGAGCUGAAAGACUUGGAAAAUUGCAGGAUGCAAUUGCAUUAUAUCGGCGAGCCAUUCAAUUAGUACCUGAUAUAGAAUUCAAAAUUGCUGAAACCAUGUAUGAUUCCGGUGAAGCUUUUAAUGAUUCUGAUGAGGAAAGUGAUUUAGAAGAAAAUUCAUCAGACAGUAGUGAUGAAUUUGAUAAUUUAAUAAAUAAGUUUCAAAAACUAGCAGCAAAUGAUGGAACUACAGAGAUUUGCCAAAAUAAGUUGGAACAAGUGAUGAGUCACAUAUCAUGUUUGCCUCCUGAAAUCUUUAUCUAUAUCUUAAAGUGGGUUGUUAGUCAAGAUCUUGAUGUAGUAUCUUUGGAGCAAAUAUCAAAGGUUUGUCGUGGUUUCUACAUUUGUGCAAGAGAUCCUGAGAUAUGGAGAUUAAUUUGUUUAAGGAUAUGGGGUGUCAAUGUAGAUCCUCCUAAUCGUUAUGGCUCAUGGAGAAAUAUGUUCAUUCAAAAACCUCAUGUUCUUUUUAAUGGUGUAUACAUUAGCAAAACGACAUAUAUAAGAUAUGGAGAAUCUUCGUUUCAAGACUCUAAUUACAGGCCUUAUUAUUUAGUGGAAUAUUUUAGAUAUCUACGUUUCUUUCCUGAUGGUGUCGUACUCAUGCUGACUACUCCAGAUGACCCUUAUCAAUCUGUUUAUAAACUUCGCCUUCAAAAGCAUAAACAUAUUAACGUCAUGAGUGGUCGAUAUAAACUUGUGGGAAACACUAUAAUGGCAGUAGUUAAGAAACCUAAAGUUGAAAUUUCAACAUCUUCAAAUUACUACCAUCAUCGACGCCAAAGGCAGGCUAAUCUCCAGGAAGCCAAAGAGCAGACUUUUCAUAUGGAACUUGAAUUGAAUAAUUACAAAAGAAGAAUAAACCAUCAGCUUUCUUGGACUUGUUACUCCAUACAUAUGAUUUAUCGGAAUGGUGAAGAAACAGUUUCUAACUUUGAUAUUGUGCCAUCUAACUUUCCACCUUUUUGGUUUUCUCGAGUAAAAAGCUUCACAACUGAAUCAGAAAAUCUUUUAAUAUAGCUCUAAAGCAAUGUGAUGUUGUAGAUACAAAAAAUUAUAUUAAAUAUUUUUAUUGCUUCCUUGUAAAUAAAAUUGAGAAAUUUAUAUGAUAA